CCGAUAUCCCGUGGCGCCAUCGCUUCUUGGCGUGUCCGGCGAUCGCAUUUUCGAUUUGUUUGAUUGACUGAGCGAGUUGAGUUGUGCUAGCUAUUGGUUUGCUUAAGGCAAGAUGUUGAAGUGGCUGGGAGUGAACAAGAAGAAGCAGAAGGAGGACGAGAUAUUCGACUCCGUCAGAAGUGAGUGCGAAAGGUCAUUCAAGCACUCAGUCAGUCAAUCAGUCAGUCACUCGGAUGUGGACGGACGGAUGGAUGGAUCUCUCGCACAUACAUCGCACAGGUGGUCUGCAGUCGAUGUAUAAGCAGCGGCUGCUGCCUCUGGAGCGGGACUUCAAGGCCAACCAGUUCUACGCACCCCUUCUCACAGACGGAGAUUUCGCAUGUGCGCACCGCACACCCACACGCCUGGCCUGCUCACGUGUGUAUGCCAUCCCUCUGUGUGUGUGCAGCCAAGCCGAUGGUAAUGCUCCUCGGCCAGUACAGCACGGGCAAGACCACCUUCAUCAAGGUAGGGAGGGAGGGAGGGAGCCAACUACUCCCACACACACACACGAGGAAUGUCUGUGAUGGCGUGUCUGGUCAUCAGCAUUUCCUGGAGCGUGAGUACCCCGGUCUGCGGAUCGGCCCCGAGCCGACCACUGACAGAUUCAUCGCCGUCAUGGACGGCGCGCACGACCAAGUCAUACCGGGUCCGUGUGUAUUGAGAGCACUCUCUCACUCACACGUCUGUCUGCAUGAGUGUGUAUGUGUGUGUGUGGUAUGUGGGUGUUGCAGGCAAUGCGGCGGUGGUUGACCCGACCAAGGCGUUCAGUCAGCUGUCCAACUUCGGCAACAACUUCCUGGCCAGAUUUGAGGUCUCCGUCAUGCCCUCACCCGCACUCAAGGGUAGACGUGUGCACACAGUCAUCAACGCGCAGAUCGUCCAUCCAUCCAUCCAUCCAUCCAUGUGUGUGUGUGUGUGUGUGUGUGUGUGCAGGCAUCACUCUGAUCGACACCCCAGGCGUCCUCAGCGGCAACAAGCAGACCAGCAGGUCCGUCCGCAUGGCCGGCCGUCUGUGCGUGCGCAGAGUUGGGAUCUGUCUGUCUGUGUGUGUGUGGCUGUGCAGGGGCUAUGACUUUGAGGGCGUCAUCAAGUGGUUCGGCGACCAGAGCGACCUCAUCCUGGUACCUUUCCACCUACACCCGCACCCGCACCACACACAUACAAACACGAGGGUGGUGACUGCGGAUGGAUGGACUGAUGGAUGCAGUUGAUAUUCGACGCGCACAAGCUGGAUAUCAGCGACGAGUUCCGGAGGUGCAUACAGGCGCUCCGGUAGACACACAGACACACAGACACACACACACAGGCAGACAGACAGGCAAGAUUCACAUGGAUGGAUGGAUGGAUGUGUGGAUGUGUGCAGUGGCAACGACACCAAGAUCCGGAUCUUGCUCAACAAGGCCGACAUGGUCAACACCCAGCAGCUCAUGCGCGUCUACGGCGCACUCAUGUGGUCACUCGGCAAAGGUUCAAAAUGAAGGCUCACACCGCUCAGAACAGCUUGUUCAAAUGAAAUGUGUGUGUCUGUGUCUGUCUGUCUGUCUGUCUGUGCACCAAUGCAGUGAUCCCGACGCCCGAGGUGGCCCGCGUGUACAUUGGCUCCUUCUGGGAUCAGCCCCUGCAGAACGACGAGAACCGCAAGCUGUUCGAGGCCGAGGUGGGUAAGACCAGCCGACCAGCCCAGGAAGGAGCUCAGACGAGUGAUCUGCUGUGCGGUGAGGGGUUGCCUUGCCUGUGCUGCGGGUGUGCUGUGCAGGCCAACGACUUGUAUACGGACAUCCAGCUGCUGCCGCGCAACGCGGCCGUGAGGAAGCUCAACGACUUCAUCAAAAGGGCCAGGCUCGCAAAGGUACUUUGGCUAGGUGGUUUAGACAUACAGACAGACAGAUACAGACGUGUGUCUGUCUAUUCUCUGCAAAAACCCACCCUCCUGUAUGUGCGCUGCAGACGCACUGCUACCUCCUGAGUUACCUGCGGAAGCAGAUGCCCUCGGUCUUCGGCAAACAGCAGAAGCAAAAACAGCUCAUACAGAACCUUGACGUACGCACAAACCACACACCCGCUCACGCACAUGGUCUCUCUCUCUCUCUCUCUCUGCGUGCGUGUGUGUGUGUGUGGUCAGGGCGUGUACAGAGCGCUUGCGCAGGAGCACUCUCUGCCGCUUGGCGACUUCCCGCCAAUACAGCUCGUGCAGGACAAACUCGCACAAUUCGACUUCAGGUGCGUCCGUCGGCAGGGGUGAUGCUCGUGUGCGUGUGGGCAUACACAUCCGUCCGUCCGCCCCCGUGGCUGUGGUGUGGGUGUGGGUGUGUGCAGCAAGCUGCCCAAGCUGGACCACAAGCGCAUCGAGCUGCUGGACGAGAUGCUGUCACACCAGAUCCCCAACCUCAUGAAACUCAUACCCGCAGAAGAGGUCCGAUAGAUGCGACGGACAAAUGCGUCACACACGUGUGUGGUGGCAAUCAACGCCCCGUCUCUUUCUCUCUCCCUCUCUCUCUCUGUGUGUCUCUCUCCGUGUGUAUCUGUGUGUCCUUUCUGCAGAGGCAGACCGAAGAGGCAUUGCCCGAGAGCGUCAUGCACGCGGCCGAACCAAGCCCGUUCCAGGCAGGCACAUACAUACCAGCCGCACAUCAACACGCCUUCAUGACCUGUACACACACACACACACAUAUCACAUCACAUGUGUGUGUCUGUCGUGUCGGCGCGUGCAGAUCUUGAAGCAGCAGGGAGGCCCCGCGGCGCCCGGCUACGAGCUGGACAGAUGGUAAUGACGCGCGCCUAGAGACAGACAGAUUCAAACAGAGAGAAACAGACAGACACCCACGGCACUUUACAUGAGACACGUACGUGCAGGCUGCGGACGCCCCCCAACACCGGCGAGUUCGAGGCGGACUUCGUGGCGCUGGGGCCCGACCACCAAGGUCGGUACGGCCGGACACACAGAGACACAGACACCCACACAGACGUGCCUGCGUGUGUGUGUGUGUGUGUGUGUGCAGGACGCAUCACGGGCGCACAGGCGAAGGAUGACCUAACCAGGAGCAAACUGCCCUCCACAGUGCUGCACAAGUGUGUGAGAGCAGCCAUGCCUCCCCGCAACCUCCCCUCUCACACACGAAGGCCUUUCUCCCUCUCCCUCUCCCCCUCCCUCCCUCUGCGCGCGUGUGUGUGUGUGUGUGUAGGAUAUGGAACUUGGCUGACGUGACGCGGGACGGCUACCUGGACAUCUACGAGUACGCCCUCUGUCGGCACUUCAUCGCCAUGAAGCUCUCAGGUUGGGAGCUGUCUGUGUGUGUGUUGAAAGACUGUAUGGCUGGAUUUGGCUGCACGGCUGCACGUCUGUGUGCAGGUCACGAGCUGCCGGCAGAGCUGCCCGACGAGCUGCACCCCAACAAGGGCCAGCAGGCCAUCUCUGUGUGACCUAGUUGUGUGUGGGGGGGGUGUGGUGUGUGGGCGUGUGUGUGUAUCCUUCCAGCGGGUCGGAGGGACGGCCGGCCUACGUUUUGGAGUAGAGGAACGAAGAGGCGUGAGACUGAUUUUUCUCUUCUCGUUUUUCUUUUUAUCCAACGAUUCAUGCGGGUGAGGGUGCACGUGUGCGUAUGUGUGUGGUUUUGUAGACAUAGUCAGCUAUUUGUAGCCCCACACACACACAUCCACACAUCAUGGCGUAGGUAGGAACUUUCUCGACUCACUCAAGGCGGCGUGUGUAGUGAGCUGAUUUGAUUGAUGUCCGUUCGUUUCGUUCAAUCACCCACCCAUCCAGUGCC